GGGAGAAAGGAUAAGGUAGUGAUUCAAGUUUAUUUGUUUUUUAGGUUCGAAUGUUUUGUUCAAUUGCAGCGGAACAUAACAUCGACGUACUGGGGGGAGAGAGAGAGAGAGGGAUGAACGAAAUUAAGGCUAGAGAAGCCCGACCAUGGAACUUCAAAAUCAAAUCCGCUAGAGGAAAAGUAUGAUGAUUUGUUAUGGGACUGCUCCAGCUCCUCUGGCUUCACCUCUUGUUUUCCAUAGGUUAAGGUUUACAACUCCGUAUUGGCCUCGCCGAUGUAGUAGAGCCACCUUCUGUAGCUGUAAGAGGUGCGGCAACACAGAAGCAUUCGUGUGCUUUGUUGGUUCUAACAACACUAGCAGCUAUAAUAAUAGACAUGGAUACCAUCCCAACACUACCCAGAAGAAGCUGCAGCAGAUUGGUACCAGAGCAGCAACCAGCAGUAACUGCAAUCUACCAAUCGCCCUUCUUAUAGCGGCGAUGAUGGUCUUCUCCACGGUGGUUGCCACCGCAACUGCCUCUCCACCACCACCCCCUGAGGGUGAGGAGACUCUGUCCAACAUCCCACAGAUGCUUUUGAGUGAGUGUGCUUCUCCCACUGACUGCAAGCAGGCCAGGAUCCAACGCCCAAAAUCGAGGAAGGCCGAAUCUUGCACCAUCAAGUGUGUAACCACUUGCAUUCGUGGUGGUGCUGGUUCUCCUGCUGAGGGUCCCCUCAACGCUAGAAGGCCUCUUGUGGUCUUCAAGCAAGGCUUCCGAAGCCGUCAAUACUGCCUGGUGGAGUGCUCUGACAUCUGUAAUCUAAUCAAAGAUGGUGAAGAUGGACCCUGAAUUUAUGUCUCUUAAAGCAUUAAUCAUCAAUUUUGACGAAUGAUUUGUUUUGUUUUUUGAUAGAAUACCGAUGAUUUGUUCCUACAUUUUUCACCGGUAAGCGAGUUGUGUAGACGAUAGUUAUCCAUCUGGGGAUGAGCCCCAUUAAUCAUCCCCAUUAGGAUCCACUGGUUGUAGCAGAAGAUGGUGGCCUUCCGUUUGGGAUGAUCGUCUCAUCCCCAUUAGUCAUUCUCAUUAGGAUCCACUGGUUGUAGUGAUGUGAGAGCACAGGAUGGUGGCGGUCCAUUUGGGGGAGGAAGGUCCGAAUUGUACAAUUCAGAGAGUAAACAGAUAGUUAAAAAAUCUGAAUUCGAUCUGCAUCCAUAUCCAUUUAAAUGUAUCUGUAUCCUAUCUAAAAAUAUUUGCAUCCAAUCACAUCCAAUCCGAAUUUGAUCUGUUUACAUCCC